AUGGGGAGUGACGACUACAUCACACCCGGCGGGGGUCUCAAGCUCAAAGGCUCGAAACCGCUGGGCGUGGAAAAGAAAAAGAAAAAGAAGAGCAGCAGCAGCAAGAAGCCACGCGAGGGCUCGCCCUCCUCAGGAUCAUCAUCCAAGACCUCGGCUCUGCAAAAAGCUCUCGAGGAUGAAGAUGCAGAGAUGACAAGAGCGAAGGCGGCGGGGGAGCCUGAGGGGGGUGAGAGGGAGUUGGAGGAGAGGGAUUUGAGGGAUGGGAAGACGCCUGCUGAGCGCCAGGCUGAGGAGAUGAGGAGGAAACGCUUACAUGAACGACUCGCUCGUGAAGGUAUCAAGACACACAAGCAGCGCGUGGAAGAGCUGAACAAGUACCUCUCGAACCUAUCCGAACAUCACGACAUGCCGCGCAUCGGGCCCGGAUAA